CGUUGAGUGUCAAGGAUCCUAAUAAGAUAUCCAUCCUUCUCCGUUCUCCGUUGAACAGGGGUGGAAGGGGACAUUUGAGGGCUAUCUUUCCAAGGCAGUGAAGAAGAUCCUGGGAAACGAAACUGUGGAUUUCCAUUCAUUUGUUAUUUCUCUGUUGGUCCUUCCAGAAACCAUAUUAGGUUCUCAUCUCUAAAAUUUUGCGCCUUCCCCCUUCCUUUUCCUUCCUUCGAUCGACCAAGAGGAAGUCAACUGUCGACGACUGACAGCUUCCACUGCUUCUAUUCUUGUUACACCCCCCAUCGGGAUCUCACUCCACCUCAUUCAUCUAAACUACCACCCCAUUCGUUCCUCCAGACUUGCAAUACGAGCGCUCUCCUCUCUUACUCUGUCGACCACCGGUUUCUUGGGUACUUCAAUCUCAGUCUCUCCCUCACUUUUCUGUCGACUUUGCCUUGGUUUCUUGAUCCGUCUCUCGCUUGCCCACGACGCAAUUGUCAUACAACUUUGACUCUUAUUUGGAUACAUCUUGGAAAAGGCAGGUCCUAGUCGCCGGCGACAAUGGCCCCGACCUUCCUCAACAACCUGCGCCGCCGAUCGAGGGCCAGUUUCCGUACCAAUCGAUCAACCGACACAUCCAGUGAUGGUGCUACAAGUCAAGCAACAUCGCCCUCGAGCGGUUCCUUAACGCCGCCUUCGAUUGAUCACCAGUCAGACCCUGCACUUCAUCUGCAGGUAAAAGAUCAGCAGCAACUCCAGCGUCGACAGUCUCAAAUGUCCCAGAGCCAGAGCCAACUCAACGUCCCCACGCGACCGCCGCUAUCGUCCAACUCCAAUCGCAACAGUGUUUCCGGAAUGUCGGGUCUUGGUGCGCCUUCUAUCAAUGGAAGACAGACUCUUCCAGUGUCACCAUACGCUCCAAGAAUGAUCAACAUCACCGAAAAUGCAUGGGUAUGUCUUGGUGUUUUGCUUUUGAGUUGUUUCUAUGGCUAGUGGACUUUGUGGCGCGCAUGCAAAUGCAAGCCAUAUCGUCAGGGGUUAAUUGGUACAGAAGCUAUGCCAAGACUUCCAACAAACAUAACUCGCUCAAGAAGAAGUUGGAGUGUUGCGCUAACCGUCACCAGGUCUAUCAAAAAGUUCUUCUUGUUUAUGGCACAAUCGGAAAUGCCGCCGAGAAACCCCUCGAUGGCACCCUUAAUGUUUGCCGACUUGACGACAACUUCCCUGCGAUCAGCUGGCCCGUUUGCAACUCGCAUUUCAAGGCACUGGUGUACCUUCAACCGGGUCCGAAUAGAUUGCGUUUCGAGUUCUCAAGUCCGAAACUUGCGAACAGCAACAGCUCCAACCCAAUCCAUGCUUCCUACCUUACUGUUCACAUGCUACCCGUGACCAAUUCACCACCUUUGCAGCUUGCGAUACUCGUUGCGAAGGACUCUCCCGAAACAUUCGAUGCCUCGCCCGCCCGAGCCGAAAAGGAAGGAAAUGGACUGGAAAUGGCCGUCAAGAAGUUCAGAAUGGCAGCGUACCUGUGGCAGGCCUUCACCUCGGAACAGAUGUGGCGGAACAAGCUUGGGCGACGGGCUUUCCGCUUUGAUGAAGAAUGGACAACAGGCUCGGCCAAUUAUCGUGACCAAGAGAACGGCACCAUGCGCUCCGAAGCCCGUGUCCAUGUUAUUCGCUCCGACAAGACCCUUGCUGAGAUUCGAGAUCUUAACAAGGCCCAGCAAAACGAGAAGGCGACCGAUAAGGGCGCUUUGUACGGGAUCGCUUCAGAGGCCGUCAAGAAAUACUUCAACCCGCUGCCGGGGCAAAAGCUAUACGUGUCUUGUCUUCUCUUGGAUUCUCAUUGGGAUACGACAGCAAAGACCGUGACCGGCCACGCCGCUCUUGGAGGAGGGGAUGGUGAUCUUCAACUCGCCAUUUUUGGAUCUCACUGCCUUCACAGUUACCCUUCCACUUUCGAAGAGGUUGUGCCUGCUUUCACUGACUGUACUCCAACGGAUACAAACCAUGUGGCUAAUGACUGCAACGAAGCGGGCAGUUCUUGGGAGGCUGCCAAUAUCGGUAUUGGCGCUCAUAUGCAUGAGACAGGCCAUCUAUUCGGAUGUCCCCACCAGGAGAGUGGUGUAAUGCUACGAGAUUACGUGGUGCUAAACCGUACAUUCGUGGCUCGAGAGGCAUAUUGUACAAGGACCAAAUCCAAAGGUGGUCUUGCGCUCCAGGCCGACGAAUGUGGAUGGCACCGCCUCGACUGCUUGCGUUUCCGAGCUCAUCCGUCUUUCCGCCUUCCCAAUGAUCCUCCGAUGAACCCUGACGGUAGUGUUCAAGCCUUCCCUGUCGAAAAUGGCAAUGUACUUGUUAUGGCGGCCACAGGAAUUUUCUUUGUUGAGAUUUAUGCGGAUGGUGACGAUGUCUGCCAUGCUUGGAUCGAGUAUCCCACUGAUCAAGGGACGCCCUCCCGGCAAAUCACGCUCAGCGAAAGUGAGCUGCGAGGCAGACUGCCCGAGAAGAAAAGAAAGGGAUCUCUCAAAAUAUCAGUCAAGUCUUACGGGGGAGGAUCACUUGAUAUUGACGAUUACAAAAGGUUUACCUCCAAGGAGUCUCUCAUUAAGCUACCGAACGGGAAGAGUGCUUUCCGAAGCCAGAAGCUGGGUAGCUCUAAGAUGGAUGGAAGCCAGCCUACGGAAGCCAUCUUUACGAGUGCUGUCAAGCAAGACAGAGUUCUAUCCCGUGUGGUCAUUUAUCACGGUAUGGCCGUGGAUGGAAUGGAAUUCAUUUAUGACGAUGAUUCCAGGCAGUUGUUUGGAAAGAAGGGCGGCAAAGAAGGGGGAGAUACCUUCGAGUUUGAUGUUCGUCGUGGUGAAUACAUCAGUGGCUUCGUCGCGCGAUCUGGUUUCUGGAUCGAUGGCAUACAAAUUCUGACGAGUUUGGGUCGCAAGUCGCCCGUUUAUGGAAAUGCUCAUGGAGGAGAUGCGCACACUUUGAUACCUCCUCGAGGAUACAUCAUUUGUGGCGUUUCCGGCUCCUGUGGCCAGUGGUUAGAUGGCUUCUCGGUUCUCAUCACGCGAUGAGCAGGAGCAAAACCACUCGAUGUCCAGAUUUUUGCACACUCAUUCUACAGGAUAACAAUCAGCCGUCUAUGGAUAAACAUUAAUUGUUAAUUACGAAGCAUGGGAGAGACACGCCCUACCUGUCUUACAGCGGCCAGACAGAUACCGCAAGCAUUGUUCGGGACUUUUAUCUGAUACCGGCGUUGGGGUAGUUUUCUUUUGUUUACCGCCUCUGAAAGGAGGCUACACACAUUACAUACAUACACGCUUGCAUAUCAAGUUAAGGGGUAACGCAUACACAGCAUACCAUGAGCAGACGCGGACCUGAAUAAACACCGCAGGGGAUGUCUGAUCUUGAAGUCUUUAUCGCUCUAUGUUAAUUUCGACCGUUUCCUGCAUGUGUCCAGAACGUUUGUGUGUGUGCUAACUAUCAUAGGUUUCAUUUAACUUCGCUUAAUGAUGUGACGGUGAGCGAGCUUGUGCGAAUACGAUGCGAAUCUGACAUGUGAUAGUCUACCCCAGAAUUUGUUGAGCUGUUGAUCAACUUGGUGACGCUGGAGAUCCGGUACCAUUCUGACGUUCUCCGUAUGUAAGAUAUAGAUUCACAAAAAUAUGCGAAUGUGACCAUGAACAACCGCCUUGACCUUUGCGUGUG